GUUUUGGAGCUUCUUUCGGCCAUCUACGAGUCGCGUGUACCGAUCGAACCUCAGCGCCUUCCCGAGAGGGAUCGUCGGUUGUUAGCAGAGUAUGGCCAGAAGCAAGCCAAAACCCAUAAAAUUGAAGAAUGGAAAAAUCUUCCUCUUACUACGGAAGAGCAGAGACGCACCUGGUGGUUGAAGAAGAGCGAACGUAUCGCAAAGGCGGCAGAAACCAGUGGCGAUCGCCCAACCCAAAAGAGUCCCACUGCGACCAGUCCCUGGGAAGCGGGCUCAAGCAGAACGAUACAUGAUGAGGGCACGCAA